AUGUCCGGGGAGCCGGAGGGCUGGUGGCCCUGGGCUCACGUCUGGGACUCGGCUGAAAUCAUCCAUAUGUCCCCCACGUCUGCCAUGACCACCGCAUCCCCACUUCCAAGCGGCCAUGUUCCUCGCGAGUCUGGCCUGCCGACUGCUAUCAGCAACUCGGCCCGUUCUAACACUGGUGGCAUGCCCUCACUUGUGUGUUGUGGCCUCCUUGCUAUCCCGUGGUGGCGAGGCCGCUCUCUGAAUGGCAAGGAGGCGACUGGGCUCCUCUGCAUCCUGGCGUGCUACCUCGCUGCUUGGGGGGCCCCCCUGCAAUGGCAUGAAGUCUCCAAAGGGACCUGGGAGCUGGAUGUCGCGCCGACGUGCCAGCUUCAGGCACAGCUGCAUCAAGGUUGGUGGUCUCAAGGCUUAGGAGACUUGUUACCUGGCUGUCUCUCUUCCGCCUACCAUACUGCUUGGCAAGCGUAUCCGGCAUGGGAAGGCGGGCCGCCAGAUAGCCUUCUCAUUGCCACAGAUGGCAGUGGCGAAGGCCCGGGGGCCUGGGCCUUUCUCGUCUGGGGUCUGUUUCGCCAUAAGUGGUUUCGCCUCGGCUGGGCCGCAGCUACAUUACCAGUUACCCCUUGGUUGCCUGAAGAGUCCCGCAGCACGCACCCUGGGCUGCGCUCCUUCCAUAGUGAAUUGGCGGCUUUGCAAGCAGCAGGCCACUGGUGUGCCGCCAUGCUCGAUCUUUGGCAACUGCGCAUGCGGCACAGGCCGACACAAGUCACUAUAGUGGUGGAUAAUUCCUCCGCCCUCCAGGUAGCUGCAGGACAAGCAUCAGCGGCGACCGCGCCUGCACAAAGAACCCGCCUAGCCUGGCAGGUAGUGCAGGCGCGCGUCACUACGCACUUCCGCCAUGUUCACAGUCAUGUCGGGGUCCUCGUCAACACACUCGCGGAUGCAGUCGCUGGCGUGGCUGUCACCGGUGACUGCGACCUCUGGGUCUCACACCCGCACUUUCGUCUCCAUGCGGACUUGGACUUUGAUCAUUUCCCAUGGCUAUGGGUUAUACCCCAGAGUCGGCUUCGCGAAGGGAAAGGGGUUUUCUCAAUAGCUACGGGGCCGACUGACUGGCUGCCACCAGUCCCCAGUGAGGAUAAAAAGCAGGCAAGCACGUGCGCCGCCACCCAGCCUCUCGGGCCCCUACACCUUCUCACUGCCAAUAUACAGUCUAUUAAAGACCCGCGUCAGAGUGUUUUCAACCCUUCUGGUCACGGUGGCCGUCGCCAAUACCUUUACCGGCAACUGCUCGAUAUGCACGCAGACAUAGUGUGUCUUCAGGAGACCCGGGCACCCGCGGGUCGGUGGGCUACCGGCGGAUGGCUCUCCUGGCGCUCCGGCGCCGAUCGUGGCCAGUAUGGUUGUGAAAUUUGGGUUCGACCUGACAUAGUUAGUCCGCCACUUUCAUUGGCCUCGUGCAAGAUCUUGAAGGCAACGCCGCGUCUUCUUGUCAUCACAUGCGUUGAUGAGAGGCUGCCUCUCACCAUUUUCUCUGCUCACGCACCCCAUCAGGACCGCCCCCUGCAUGAGGCUAAAGGCUUUUGGAGCGAGUUGCACCAAGCACUGCACCAAGCGCCUCGACUUCGCCCUCGGCUUCUCGGCAUCGAUGCCAAUGCUGAUUUCUGCGCUCAGGACGCGGAAGAGCAAUGUAUUGGCUCACUCAUUGCUGCACACCCGCCAACCUCCAACGAUGAGUUCCUUUUUGAGUUCGUUACUGUUAACGGGUUAGACUCUCCCGCAACCUUCCCGGAAUACCAAGCCGGACAGGGGUGGUCCUGGGAACAUACGGGCGGCAAACGCAAGCGUUUGGAUCAUUUGCUUUUCAGUACGGGUGAUUGGCAGCACCACAGCACUGCCCAAGCCUGGGAUUUCGACAUAGUCAAUUCCUACAGGGAUCAUGUUGCUUUAAGAUCUCGCUCUACCCUGUUUCGGCCACGCCCUGUGGGGCGAAUGGCUCGUCGUCGGGCGUUGCUGGGGGGACCGUUUGUUGAAGAGUUAGGGCGACACUUCUGGGAGCAACUCCCAUCACCCCAUGAGACUGCCACCAGCAGUGGUGAAGCUGUGUUCACCUUGCAAGAUGCCUACCGGAAGUUUGCACAGCAACACGCUAGUCCCCGGGUCCUUAAGGUUCGUCAGCCGUACUUGGCCCCUGAGACCGUGCGUUGCUUAUAUCAGCUCCGAGAUUGGCGGUGUCAGCUUCGGCAUUCCCGGAAACUGCACAGGCAGCAUACAUGUCGCUGGGCGUUAGCCCGUUGGCGCCGACGCCCUCGGUCGAUCCGCCUCCAGCAUUUGGCCGAUCUGCGUAUGGCUCGCCACUAUACGGCAGCCCUUGCUUUUCAGGAGGCUAAGGUCCAGGAUUAUGUUCAUGGGCUGGCCAGGAAGGAUAAGCAGGCGCACUUCUUGGCAUUGACCACUGCUGCCCUUCAGCAUUGGCACGCCCAUGGUCGUCCCAUGGAGUCCAUCAACCACCUCAAAUGGGCUUCUAGGAGAGCUGCUGAACGCAGGCAGGUCUAUGCGGCUGGAGGGUACGACAUAGAAGAGGCUCUUGAAGAACAAUUUCGGCUACAAGAGGCCGGAAUCCGCACGGACGCUGCACAGGUUGGUGCAGCAACCAGGUCCUGGCUGCGCCGGGAUGCCCUCCCCUGCACACAGGCGGCGGGACGCUGGGUCUGGGCGGUUAACACCAAGAUAGCGUUGAGUGGCCAUGAACCGUUUGGGUUCAAAGAGGCACUAUACUUCGCACUUUACAAAAAAGGCCCGGCGGCCAUUCCGGCCAACUAUCGUGCUAUUGCCCUUCUCAACGGGGUGGCAAAAAUUUGGCACAGCCACCUCCGGCGGACAAUCGGCAAGAACGUGCUGCAGGGUUAUGCUGACACCCAGCUUGGAGGGAAACCGGGCGUGCCAGUGAGUUUUGCUGUAGCGGCCUACAGGGCAGCCAUGGACCUCAGCGCCCAACUGCAGCGCAGUACUGCGGUGUUGUUUGUUGAUAUUCAGGCUGCAUAUUAUGAAGUGAGCCGUCAGCUUAUCUUCUGUGGUGAUGCUGACCUCACGCCCGGUGAGGAUACUGGUCGCCCCGACCUCCGACACCUUACCCAACUUGUCGACGGCCUUCUCUCUAAAGGGGCGUUAGAGCAGAUAGGGAUGGUUAGGGAGGAGCGCGAGUUACUACAAGACUGUGUAGCUUUCUCCAGAUGGAGCCUGGCUGGCUCCACCUCUUCCUUCAUCGCCACUCGAGGCUCCCGACCAGGGGAUGGGUUAGCAGACAUUCUUUUCGGAGCGUUGUUCUCUGUCGCACUCCGGCAUAUCCAAGCAACGUGCCUCCAGGAAGGCAUCUCUCUGCAGGCAGCAGGCAGCUUUGUCGGAGCUUCUGAUGAUGUGCUUCCAUUAGGCUGGGCAGACGAUCUUGCCAUUUUAGCGGAUUUUGACUCGCCUCGCCAACUCCUCUGCCAACUGCCUCGGCUCGCUACCAUCGUGCUUGCGACCCUUGAAGUUCUGCGCUUCCGAGUCAAUUUGGCUGCAGGGAAGACCGAGAUCCUGGUCGAUAUACGAGGUCCGGAAGCUAAAAUCGUCCGUGGCGAGCUCCUGGCUCCGCCUUCUCUCCUGCAUUUGCCUUCCGGUCAUGCUGUCCGGUUGGCCCCGGAAUACCGGUAUCUCGGGGUGGUUCAAACCCCCAGGGAUAAUGGCCGGCGGGAUAUGGAAUUGGCAGCACAACGAGGCCAUUCCGCAUGGUCUCAUGCGAAGAGUCUGCUAGCCUGCCAGUCACUGCCGUGGCGACUUAAGCAAGCGUGGCUUGCCGGCCGGGUGCUCCCAGCGGCCUAUGCUACCCUCUGCACGUCGCUUGCCGUCUCUGAACGGGCAGUCAGCCCACUUACCGGUUUCUUCGAAAGGGCAGCGAGACAAUUGAUUGGCUCAUGGAAAUUUGGACAUGUGUUGACCAAUCCCUUGUUGGUGCUGCUGAUGGGGUUAUCGUCCCCUAGUGACGCGUGUGCAAUCGCCAGAACCCGGCUGGUGGUCCAGCUAGUUACACGCGCCCCGCCACGAGUGGGUGAGCUUUUUGCGGCAGCCUGGGAUAGGGCCACGCCAUGGUGUACCCUUCUUGUUGACGCGUGCCAACAAGUCGCAUCUGGGCUGGUCGGCCAUCUAUCCCCGACGCAUGUCACUCGCCAGUACAUCGCCCAGCAUGCCGUCAAACUCCAGAGCGUAUGUAGGCACCUCAGCCGGUAUGGUUCAGCGUAUCGAGCGCUUCAUGCACUGUGGCGGGAUGUCGUGGUUCCCAAGGUCGUUCAGGUUCUUGGUGUGCCGCUGCCCCGAGUUUGUGGACUUUGCGGCCUCAGCUUCCCCAGCCUGCAUGCCCUUGCCGCGCAUGUCCACCGCAAGCAUUCCGUUGUCAAUAGCUUGACUCGGUAUACGAAUGGGACAGUUUGCCUAUGGUGUCAUUGCGACCACCAUUCGACCGACAGGUUAAAAUAUCACUUGAAGGUGACUCCAGCGUGCAUGCACGGACUUCGCGUCACUGUGGGGCAAGCCUACGUCUAUGGUACGGGGACGAAGCGAUCGGGUGCCAGGGGCCACCGAGGCCUACCUGCUACGCGCCUCCCUGGACCUAUUAAUGCCACACCGGCUCAGAGAGCGGCUUCCCUAGCCGAGAUCCCAUGCACGGAAGAUGACCUGCGUCAAGAGCGACAGGCGGUAGUGGGGACACAUGAGCUCUAUUCGUGGCCGGAGGAUCCGGCACCACUUGCUGAUGUUCUGCCAGCGGACACUACGGAUGUCUCUGCUCGCGUGCCGGGUGCCCCAGCUCUAUCACCGGUCGACAGUCAGCCGGAAGGGACUCUUCACUGGUUUGCCAUUGAGGACAGCGACAAUGUGUGUGGCGCACCCUCUGAUUCCUUUUCUGGCGUUUCCUUGGGCCUCGAAGGCCGUCCAGACUGGUCAGUUCCCUCUCCGCUUUGGCGCGGCCUGCUCCAUCGGAAGGUUGUCUGGCGACUCCCGGUGGCGUGGAACUGCUUCUGGGGCUUAUGGGCCACAUUACAACGGUCUGACCCCUGGUGCUGGCAGGCUAGACGAGGGUUCUUACCACUGCGCCAAUGCCUGGACGCGGCCGAGGACCCCGUCAAUCGUGAGCCCCCGAGACGCUUAUGGCGGUUACUCGAAGCUACGGUAACAUUCAGAAUGUUGUGUCAGCAUGUCAACAGAGGAGCGGGAAUCUUCUUCCCUCAAGCUCUCUCGUCUCAAGGGAUUCGUCUAUGGAGAGAACUGAUGCCUGCAGCCAAGUUUCACCAAGUGAACACUUGUACGGGCAGUUUCUUCUGCGCCAUCCACGAAUCCUUGUAUAGUAAGGCUCUGCACUGUUUGAGCGCCGGUUUGGAUUCUCGCAAUCCCACUGUUGAGCUCACGUUCAGGCCUUCAGCGAUCUAUAGAUCGCCAUCCGCCCUGCUUUGA